CUGUCAUUUAGAUGUUGGUAUGUAAAGCAAAAUGGCAAAAAUCAACACCCAGCACUCCUACCCUGGCAUGCACAGACUGUCUGUCAGAACUACCGAUGAAGAUAUAGAAAGGCUUGAAAAUGGCUGUGUCAGGACCCAUUCACUGUGUGAGGAUGCAUCUUCAGAACUGCAGAGAGUCAUUUCGGUGGAGGGCAGACAUCUAUCUGAAUCCCAGACAAGCUCAUUCACAGGCAGGGGAGCAAUGGCAAGGCUAUCGCGAUUUGUCAUAUCCAUGAGGUCGUGGGCCACAAGGCAUUUGCACCAUGAAGACCAAAGACCUGAUUCUUUCCUAGAACGUAUCCGAGGGCCAGAGCUCAUAGAGGUGUCCAGCAGGCAAAGUAACAUCCGCUCCUUUCUGGGUAUCCGGGAGCGACCUGGGGGAGUAAACAGUCGCUGGCCCUUGGCCAGGUUUAACAUCAACUAUAGCAACAACACCAACGAAGACAAAAAGGAAGAAAAGAAAGAGGUUAAAGAGGAAAAGAAGGAGGAAAAGAAAGAGGAAAAGAAGGAGGAAAAGAAAGAGGAAAAGAAAGAUGACAAAAAAGAUGACAAAAAAGAUGAUAAAAAAAAAGAAGAGAAGAAAAAAGACAUCUUUGUGAUAGAUCCUUCAAGCAAUAUUUACUACAACUGGCUGACCAUAAUUGCAGCACCCGUGUUCUAUAACUGGUGUAUGCUGGUGUGCAGAGCCUGCUUUGAUGAGCUACAAGGUGACCAUAUUAAAUUGUGGCUGUUCUUGGAUUAUGGCUCUGAUAUCAUCUAUAUUCUUGACAUGUUUGUCAGAUUCAGAACAGGUUUCCUUGAACAAGGCUUGCUCGUUCAGGAUGAAAAGAAAUUACGAGAUCAUUAUACCAAAACUACGCAGUUCAAACUGGAUGUGCUGUCUCUUCUGCCAACAGACCUGGCAUAUUUGAAGCUUGGUUUGAACUACCCUGAACUGCGAUUUAACCGCUUGCUGAGGAUUUCUCGGCUGUUCGAGUUUUUUGACCGUACUGAAACCAGGACAAAUUAUCCAAACAUGUUUCGUAUUGGAAAUCUUGUCUUAUACAUUCUGAUCAUCAUCCACUGGAACGCGUGCAUAUACUUUGCGAUUUCGAAGCUCAUCGGAUUUGGCACCGACUCUUGGGUCUACCCCAACGUGUCCAUUCCGGAGUAUGGGCGCCUGUCUAGAAAGUACAUUUACAGUCUCUACUGGUCAACGCUCACGCUGACAACCAUUGGAGAAACACCUCCCCCGGUGAAAGAUGAAGAGUAUCUCUUUGUGGUCAUUGACUUCCUGGUGGGCGUGCUGAUCUUCGCUACCAUUGUCGGUAAUGUGGGCUCCAUGAUUUCCAACAUGAAUGCCUCCAGGGCAGAGUUCCAGGCCAAGGUGGAUUCCAUUAAACAGUACAUGCAUUUCCGAAAAGUGACUAAGGAUUUGGAAGCCAGGGUUAUUAAGUGGUUUGAUUACCUCUGGACCAACAAGAAAACAGUGGAUGAGAAGGAAGUUCUCAAAAACCUGCCUGACAAGUUGAAGGCGGAAAUUGCCAUCAAUGUCCAUUUGGACACGCUGAAGAAAGUGCGCAUAUUCCAGGACUGUGAGGCUGGGCUUCUCAUUGAGCUGGUGCUGAAACUGAAACCUACGGUCUUCAGUCCUGGGGACUACAUUUGCAAAAAGGGAGAUAUUGGGAGAGAAAUGUACAUUAUUAAAGAGGGAAAACUGGCCGUGGUGGCAGACGAUGGCAUAACCCAAUUUGUAGUCCUAAGCGACGGCAGCUACUUCGGCGAAAUCAGCAUCCUAAACAUCAAAGGUAGCAAAUCCGGCAACAGGAGGACAGCCAACAUAAGGAGUAUUGGUUAUUCUGACUUGUUCUGCUUGUCCAAAGAUGAUUUAAUGGAAGCCCUCACAGAAUAUCCAGAAGCCAAAAAGGCUCUGGAAGAGAAAGGGCGACAAAUUCUGAUGAAAGACAAUUUAAUAGAUGAGGAAGCAGCAAAAGCGGGAGCCGACCCAAAAGACUUGGAAGAAAAAGUAGGAAAACUUGAAACAGCUCUGGAUACGCUGCAGACUAGGUUUGCGAGGCUCUUGGCAGAAUACACCUCAUCUCAGCAAAAGGUGAAGCAGAGACUUGCCAGGGUGGAAACCCGGGUGAAAAAAUACGGUAGUGGCACCUUCUCAGUAGGAGAAGGAGAGACUGAAAAACCCGAGGAGGAGAAAAAGCAGUAAUGGAGUGUUUCCUCACUUCCUGGAGAAGGUUGAAGCAUGUGAAAGCCAUAAAUGUAUGUAAAUACGUGUGUGCAUACAUAGACAUGAUUAUUUUUAUAUGAACUCAAGAGAAUGGUUUUUAGCAUUUUUAACUGAAGCAGUAUUUUCUUGUAAAUAGAACAUUGUCAUCUUCUUUUUAGGGAGAGAUUUGGUCUGGCAUUUGGGAACUUUUUUGUACGGGGUUUCUUACAAGUCAUGCUCAGAACAUCUGUUGUGAGUGGUACGUUUAGGUCUCGACACGUCGUCUCUUCCCAUAGUUGUUGCAUUAAGAAAGCAUUUUACUUAAAAGUAGAAGGA